AUGGAUGUGUUUAUUGCUUCUACAGAAGAUCAGGGUACAGGGCUAACUCAAAUAUGUGGGAGCAUUGGUGAACUGAAUAGAGGUGUUCUAGGCAAGGUUGGUGUUGCAUGGUAUGAAUGUAUUAUGGUUUUGGGCAAGUUGGAUGUCCAAUCUGUUAUCGAGCUUUUGAAGCAGGUUUUGUUUCCUACAUUAUCAUUUCAUUUUGACUGGCUAUCUGCUCAUCAAGUUUUUAACUGCAAUAUACUAGUGGGGAGGCCAGAAAGCUUUUCCAAUGCCAUUGUGAUUUGCAUACUCACAUUAGUUUUGGCUUGUAUUCUUUCCUUUAGAACUGAUGUCAUUUACACAGCUUGUACAUGCUUGUGUGUUUGGAGUAGUUCAUUUCGCAAGAAAAAUGUGGGUAGAACUUCUCAUCAGCAAUGGAAGCUUUUCGAGUGCAGUAUGCCUGUGGGCGUGGGGAGGCUGGAGUGCUGUUUUAACAGCCAUGCAUUAAGCAAAGCUUGA